UUUUUUAUGAGCAUUUCAUAAGACUCAACAUUCUUGUUAUGGUCAGAUGACUUCCUUGCUCAUACUUCGGCUGCUUUAAAUGGGGAUUAAAUAUUGAAAACGAGAUAAGAUAAUAAUAUUACUAUGGCAUUUUGGUUAGACAUGUUGACUUUGUUUUCUUUUAUUUGCUUCUCGAUAAGCCAGCGUUUUGAAUUUAAUAACGAUCAUGAUAGAAUGAAAACUGGUAAGGAAAGGUAUGAAAAAUUUCAGAAGUCCUCACAUACACCAUGUUGGAAAGAAGCUCUUUCGAAACUAGAUCACGGCUGUCGAGAUAUAAAUGAUAUUGAACAAAGUUUUCUUGCUUUGCAAUUUGCAAAUUGUCAUCUUGAAAAGUCUGGAUUGGAAACAUUUCCAUGCACUAUUAAUAAUUUUAAACAAUGCACACGAACAAUGGGUUCAAACAUUGUUGCAUUUCAAGCAUAUACAGAAUUCUUUACGCAUGUCUCGGAUAUUUGCUUCUAUUUACAAAGCGAUGUUUGGCGGGAAAAGACAGAAGCAACAAUUUCGAAGUUAUCUGAUGCAUCUGCACAAUCUCUGGAAGUUCUAUCUAAAUCAGUCAAACAACAACUCGACGUGCUGUCUGCACAAGCAGAAAGUUUGCAGAAUCAGAAAGAUAUGUUAAAAAAUGAGAAAAUCUUAAAAGAAGCUCUUGUUAGUUCUGCAGAGACAACGAAAGAUGUUUUCAAAGAAGUUCGCGAGCAUGCGCAGCAGCAGAAGACAAUGUUUUCAGAAACUUUUGAUAACAUCUUUCAAAGUGUUGAACGGUUGGCAAACCUACAGAAAAUGUUGCUUGGUGAAUUCAUCGGGCUUCAGUCUGUUGCUUUUUAUUUCGUAUCGACAGUUGUUUGUUAUUUGUUCACAAGUGCACCAAGGACAGCUGCAGCUCGCCUGCCAUUAUUCUUUGCUCUUACUGUACUGAUAGUCAUUGAAAGACUUUUUGUUGGAUGGAGAGUAAAUGCAAACAGUGAUGUUACAGCGGAACACCUUCACGCAAGGAUUUGGCUCCUUCGUAAGAUAUUUUUACUUGUGGCUGCUAUGAUCGUAGGGGUGUUUGUUGUUCGCUACAAGGAUUUCAAUAAAAUUAACUACAGCAUGCUGCAAGACAUACAAACACAAAUCUUAGAAAUCAGAAAACUCCAAGAAACACAAACUAAACUUGGAGAUUGUGUCACCGACGGUCCAUCUGACACCACAUUAGUUGGUCCGUCAAAAAACUUAGAAGAGGCGACGAAACAGCUGGAGUUAUCACUUCAACAAUUUGCCACCAGUACUCCACAUAAAACUGACAUCAGUAGCUUAUUUAUGUACGAUCAAUCAAAGCUUACGCAAGAUACACUGUUAAAAUUGCAUGAACCAUCCGUUGAAGACAUCAAAAACACUCUCCAAGGUAAGCGAGGAACGACGAAACAAAGAAGAGUUUCUAAGUCGAGAACACCAGUUGGUAAAAAAGAUAAUGCUGAUAAUACAACAUUGAAUGAAAGCAGAUACAAUCUUCGCUCUCGUCGCAGCAGUGGUUUCGGCACAUCACUUUUCAAUCAAUCGUUAGCAAAUUCAACCAAACAAAAGGAGUGAAUAUCUAUCUUCAUCCACGGUUUAUUUUAGGACAUGGUAUCCAACUGGCAUGUAAAAUAUCAAGCUGAUAUUUUUGAUGGAAACAUAUUUUAUGAAGUUUUGUAUUUAUUAUUACAUUUUAUUUAUUGUGUUUAAAUAUUUUUAUAAAA